GAGCAGACAUUUCAUAAUCUAAUGUCACUCCGAUGUUUCGAUUAAAACUAAAGCUCGAUGAAAUUACAGUAAAAUGAUUUUGGUUUUUUCACUUCGCGACAUAGUUUAGAAGAGUGAAGUCGAUCGCGUAAUUUUUUGGACAACGUUUUUUUUCUCCACGUAGCGUUUUGCAAGCGCGAGUCUCGUUUUGUCAUAAUUGACCUGAUUUUCAUCGAUAAAAAUUUUAAUCGCUCUAUGAAGUGCGAUGAAGAUCCUCGACGACAUCGACAACGUUACCGUUACGGCGGCGAUAUGUGUCGGGGUGUUGAUCAGCCUGUUAAUUUUUCAUCUGAAACGAUUGCAGAUGUAUAAACAUGCCGCGAAAUUUGACGGGCCCUCGUGUGUACCGUUUGUGGGGAACGCUUUGCUUUUCUUUGGAAGUACUACGGCGAUACUCAAGAAAAUGGUAGAGAUUAUAAAUAUGCACACUUCCUCAAUGCUGCGACUCUGGCUCGGACCAGAAUUGAUCAUUGUCACCCAAGAUCCUGAGGGAAUAAAGCAAGUAUUAACAGACGCUAAGGUUAUCGACAAAUCAAAGCCAUUCGAUUUUGUCAAACCUUGUUUGGGGAAUGGUUUAGUUACCGCUACUGGGGAAGUGUGGCGCUUACAUCGAAGACUACUCGGACCGCUUUUUAAUACCAAGAUUAUUGAGUCGAAUGUAGAUAAAUUCGCUGCUCAUUCAAAAAUAUUGGUAGAAAAUAUGGAAAAGGAAGUGGACGGAAGCGAAUUCCAAAUAGAUGACUAUGUGGCAAAAUGGGCGAUGGAUAUUAUUUGCGAAUCAGCUUUCGGUUCAUCCCUGAUCGAAUUGGGCGAUCCCGAAAGAAGAUUAGUGAAAUCGAUUCACAGCCUUGCCGAAAUUGGAUAUAAGAGAUUGUUUAAACCUUGGUUGUAUUGGGGUGCGAUAUUCAAUCGGUCUUCACUUGGCAAAGAAUUUGAAGAACAUAGAAAAUUUGCACACGGUAUCAUUACCAAGGCUAUAGAAAAAAGAAAAGGAGUUCUUCUUGAAAAAAUGCGUCUUAAUGCCGAAGAAACCCCGGAAAAAGACACGAGCAGCCAAGAGUUCGGGAGAGAGAGUAUUAUGGAUUAUCUGAUUGAUGUUUCAUUCAAAAACGACAAAUAUUCGCAAACAGACAUACGGAAUGAACUGCUAACAAUGAUUGUAGCCGGAAACGAAUCUACGGGUUUUACGGUAUCCAACGCACUUUUCUUAAUGGCAAAUUUUCCAAGUGUUCAGGAAAAAGUUUAUCGAGAAAUAGUCGAAAUCUUUGGAAGCGAUGACCUCAACGAACGCGAGAUCAAGACCGGAGACUUGUCACGACUGGAGUAUUUGGAACGUGUUAUCAAGGAGACGUUGCGUCUUUUCCCUCCCUUGCCUUUCAACGCUCGUUUGAUAACCGAAAAUUUAGAAAUAGGGGGAAAAAUUUUGCCAAAGGGGUGUAUUUGGGCCGUGGUUACUUUUGAACUCCAUAGAAAUGCCAAGUACUGGAAAAAUCCAUUGGAAUUCGACCCAGACAGAUUUCUUCCCGAUGAAGUGGCAAAACGUCAUUCUCAUUGUUGGAUACCGUUCAGUGUCGGGCCGCGGUAUUGCAUAGGUAUAAGAUACGCUAUGAUAAAAAUGAAGAUGGUUCUGGUAACGAUUCUACACAGAUACAUCGUCAAGAGGGAUAAAUUUUUGCCGAUCAGUGAGAUCGAUAUAAAAGCAGAUUUUAUUGCCAAGACCGCUGUUCCACUGAAAUUGCGGAUAGAGAGACGCGUUCCGCAAGCUUCGAACCGUUGAACGUCAAUCUUCGAACUUAAAUCUGUAGUAAAACAUGAAAUUAUCUGUCAAGUUCGGACUGACAUUUCAUCUUGUCAAUCAAAAAUAAAAGGAACAUUAUUAUUAUAA